AUGUACACAACAACAACAACACCAUACUUGCAGCCGGACUAUCCUAGUUCAUUUCCAAUGUUUGACAGCAAGAACAGUCCCUUGGCUCUACUAGCCAGAACUUGUAACAACAUAGGGCGAGAUUUGGCGCCAUUUAGCAAGAAGCUGACGUCAUCAUCAACGCCAUCAUCAUCGUUAUCAUCAUCGUUAUCAUCAUCAUCAUCUUCGUCGUCGUCGUCAUCUCUAUCAUCGCCUUCUUCUACAACGAUUAAUAAUAAUAUCAUUGAUAAAAAUACUGAUAGCUUUAAUAACAAUAACAAAACUGAUAAUAAUAACAAUAGCAAUAAUAAUUAUAAUAAUAAUAAUAACUACGCCAAUGAUAGUAAUGAUGUCCUCUGCGGUGAUGCAUACAAAAUCGAUGAUGAUGAUGAUGGUAAUGUUGAUGUUGGUAUUGAUAAUGAUGUCAACCACGAUGACGAUGAUGAUGAUGAUGGGAAGGCGAUUAAGACAGACAGAUUGAAGAAAUAUUUACUAUCGUCUGCAAAUAGUUGCAGUGUAGCGAAAGCUAUUUCAUCAUCAUCAUCAUCGUCGUCGUCGUCAUCAUCAUCAUCAUUUUCGUUAUCAUUAUCACUGCAAUCUCUAUCCACAUUAUCGUCGUCAUCAUCAGUAUCAACAUCAUCAGCAUCAGCAGCAGCAUCAUCAUCAACAUCAUCAUCUUCAUCAGUGGUUACGAACAAAAAGCCUAAAUUACACAACAACAACAACAAUAGUUUUAACAAAAAGUUUACUACGACAACAAACAACAACAAAAAGAUAAACUCUAACAACAACAGCAGCAGCAAUAACAACAACAACAAUAAUAACAGCAACAACAACAACCCUUUAUAUUUUCAAGAGGUUUCCCAUUCAACCAGACCUCAUCAUUACAAUCAUUCAGAGCAGCCGCAUUUUCUAUACAACAAUAUUUUCAACAACAUCAACAAUAACAUCAUCAACAACAACAACUUGCUUAACAAUAUUAAUCAUCUUUACAACAACAACAACAACCUGCCAUACAUCAACUACCUGCUACCACCAACAUCUAGCUUAUUUCCCCAAAUUACAUUAACAAACAACAACAUCAACAACAACAACAACAUAAAUAACAAUAAUAAUAACAUUUCGUAUUUGGAUUAUUAUUACUACUUGAACGUGUUUUACGAAAACUUGUUAAGACUCUAUGCGACUAAAACAACUCUUGGGUUAUUAAAUAAUAACAGUAAUAACGUUAAUAACAACAACAAUAAUAAUAGCAGCAACAACAACAACAACAAAAACAUUAACAACAUCGAUUCAAAGUUUCAAAGUUUCACAUCAGGCGAUGACGGGCGUACCAACAACAACAACAACAGCAACAAUAACAACAACAACAUCAACAACAUGUUUUCUCAACAUCUUAUGUUGAAUUCCACAUCAAAAUUUAACCAGCCGACAACAAAUUUUGCACUCAACUCAACAACAUCUCCAAAUACGAACAACAUAAGCAAGAAUGACGUCAACAACAACAACAGCAUCAACAACAACAACAGCAUCAACAACAACAACAGCAUCAACAACAACAUCAACAACAACAACAUCAACAACAACACCAACAGCAACACUCUCUUGCGCUCUUACACAUGUCCACUCCUUUCAACGCCAGUCAACUACAACUGCACAAAAAUUUUCUCCCUACCGGAAGAGUACAUUGAUCACGUGAGACAACACUGGUCAGUAGACAAACCGGAAAUGGGUCAUCACGUGAGUAGCCUACUUCCGGAGGUGGCAAACAGCAUUGGUAAUGUACUUCCGGAUGUAGCUAAUCACGUGAGCAGUCAGCUUCCGGUGUUACCUUUUCCGUUCUAUGAGGCAAAAUACUUUCAAAAUGCUGCAAGGCCUCCAGCAAACAUGACGCUAUACGGAAACAGAUUCUAUCCUUACGCCCGACGAUUUCUAUCGAAUCAAAAGAAGAAGAAAAAGAAGAAGAAGGAGAACAAGAAGAAAGAGAACAAGGAGAACAAGAAGGAGAACAAGAAGAAGAAGAAGAAGAAGAAAAAGAAGAAGAAGAAGAACAGGAACAAGAAGAACAAGAAGAACAAGAAGAACAAGGAGAAGAAGGAGAAGAAGAAGGAGGAGGAGAAAAAGAAGAAGAAGAAGAAAAAGAAGGAGAACAAGAAGAAGAAGAAGAAGAAGAAAGAGAUGAAGAAGAAGAAGAAAAAGAAAGAAUAA